UAUAUUCUUGUUCAAACUUUUGUGUAUAUUUUUUCAGUUGCGUGUGUAUAUGUGUUCUAUAACUGGUAUGAGGGAGACUGUGAUAAUUCUCUACAUUUUGUGUAUUGUUUCAGUUGCGUGGGUAUAUGUGUACUAUAACUGGUAUGAGGGAGACUGUGAUAAUUCUCUACAUUUUGUGUAUAUUGUUUCAGUUGCGUGUGUAUAUGUGUACUAUAACUGGUUUGAGGGAGACUGUGAUAAUUCUCUUCAUUUUGUGUGCAAGAGAAUUGCUGCAAAUUCAAGUCAGAUGUGUAUCACAACAUCGCCAUUACCAACAACAAUAAUUACGACUUCCUCGAACACCAUCAAACAUUCCAGCUCUCAAUUUACUGGUAACGUACAAACAACUGAAUCUGAAGUGAAAAACACCAACCAAGAAUAUACCAGCGACGAACUUACAACGGAUUCACUGCGAAGAACUUCUAAACAAAUAACACCCACUAUACAUAAAUCCACAGAAGAAAAUAUGAAAAAUUCACAACAAACAACUUUAUCUCACGGAAAGACAGAUAACAUAUUGUCGGAAGAAGAACUAUCAACAAACAGCUUGUCAUCAAAGAAAGAUCAACCCCAAACAAGGUCAACUACUGUCAAAAUAAAAUCGUCAACUAAGAAACCGGCUCCACUUUUACCACACGAGAUCGACGAAAAGGUCCAAGAAAUUGUCAAAAACCUGAAGAUUUACAACUUACCUAAGCGAUCGGCUAGAGAGGCACCAGGAGGAGAGGCUAUCGGGGCUGUAGCUUUGUUUAUCCUGAUUGGUAUUUUAGGCGGAAUUGUCCUGCUGGAUCUAGUCACUAUACAGAAUCAUCUGAAAUUGUUCAUGCGGAACAUCAGACGUAGACCUUAUAAAGCCAAGAAAAAGAAUAUUGAACAACCUGACGAUUCGUCGGCUUCGGCAAUUUCAGAAGAAACAUAUCGGCGAACAGUUUGAGAAUUACCUAUUUACAAGGAAAUUGCCCAUUUAUACACUAUAUAUUGUUUAUGGCUUGUUUUGUAAAGAAGACAUUAUUUUCUAAAUAUAAGAUUCCAAUU